UAAUAUUAAAUCAAUAAUCUACUCAGUGGACAAUAUUCAUACAAACGUUUAUCAAACUUGGAAAAAGUAUGGUUCACCAAAAUUUCCAAAUACAACAGUUUUACAACAGCUACGUAAAAUUGAGGGACCAUAUACUCUUAAGAAUUUAUCCGAUGUAAAAACUAACAAAAAUCACGAGUAUACAUUAUCAUUUACAAUGACAUUACCUAGUGUGACAUUAAUACAUAUUUGUGGUGGUGUCACACCAAUACCAGGACGUGUCACUCAACUAGAAAUAUUUAAUGUCACAUAUAAUCAAGUACUUUUAAUAUGGAACGAUAAAAAUGUUUUAUCAAAGUGUAUAAAAACUUAUGAAAUUGAAUUUUCUUUUGAUGGCAUACACAAUUUUACACGAAUUAAUCGUAAUGAUGUAGUAUUUUUGUCGUUUCAAUAUGCUCCACAAGAAGAAGAAGUACGUGAUUUAAAUACUGGAGUAGGAGAAAUUGAGCAGGAAGAAGAAUAUAAAAAAGAACAAACUAUUGGUUGGUAUCGUAUUCGUGCAAUCGACUAUUGGGGUCGUACAGGACAUUACUCAAAGGUCGUAAAAUAUUUUGAAAACGAGCGACAUAUAUACACACAUUUAUAAUACUAAUAUAUAUAAUACACGUAUAGAUGAAGUAGAAGAAGUGAACUAGGUACUAACUAAACUGUUCUGUUCCAGUAGUUGUAUAUUAUGAUAUCCACCAGAUCUAGAAACUGAA